AUGCUGACUUUAUGUGAUCGAGUUCCUGAAGAUAUAAGUGGAAAUAUAAUGCUUGAUUGGACGAAAGAGGUAGUUGUGACUGGUUUCAAGGGAUCAUUCGAGGGAACACAGGAUGAUGUUUCCUCCGUUAUCAUUGAUGAAUUACAGAAGGUAGAUGUGGAAAAUAGAAUCUUGCUUCUGAUAAAGCUUGAUGCAUCGUAUGAAGAAGUGAUGAAGAAGAUUCCAGAGUUGUUUACUGAACAUCAAGAGUUUGUCCUUCAUCUUGCUUCUUAUUCCGAACAGAACAAAACCACUAUCUUCAUUGAGCAAAAAGCAUUCAUGAGUGGAUAUACAAAACCUGAUAAAAAUGAAUUUAUUCCGGAAGGGAAUAGAGUAAAAAGUGAAUCAAAAGAGCAAGAGUUAGUAACAAAAGUAAAUGUGGAUGACUUGGUGAAAGAAUUGACUGAAAAAUGUGGAUUGAAUGGACAGAAAUAUGGGGGAUUGACGGUCGAGAAGUCAGAGGAUCCCGGAAGAUUCAUCGAAGGCUACACUUAUUUUCUGUCCCUUGACGCAAAUCCAUCGAGUAGAUUGUUGGUCAAAAUUCCGGCAUUUCAAGGUGAAUGCACCAAGGAAGCUGUUGCCAGUCCAGAAUGCAUUGGAGACGUCGCCGACAUGUUGACAAUGUGUAAUCGAAUGCGGGUUGAUACAAACUACACUCGAGAUGUCGUUGUCACAGGAUUUGACACUCCAUUUGAAGAUUUCGACGAGAAUCCAUCGGCAGUUGUGGUGGAUGAACUGAUGAAAAUACCAAUCGAAAACGUGAAAAUCUUCCCUCACAAGAUUCCGGUUGCCUAUGAAGCUGUUACAGAAAAGCUCCCGGAGCUGAGAAAAAACUGUCCAGAUGAUGUACUGCAUCUCGCAACUCACUCUGUCAGAAAUACCAUCUACUUCCAACAAAAAGCAUUUUCACACGGCUACUGUAGAGAGGAUAUAAAUGGAUAUGUUCCAGAAGGGAAUAAAAUUGAAGAUGAAGAUGAAGAGGAGGAGCAAAAGAAGUUGAAACCAUUCGUUGAUUUCGAUUAUUUGGUGGAAGAAGUGACUGAGAAAUGUGGUCUUGAUGGAGAAAGAUAUGGAGGAUUGAAAGUUGAGAAAUCAGAUGAUCCUGGAAGAUUUGUUGGCGGAUAUCUCUACUAUCUAUCGAUACGUGAAGGUCCAGUCAAUACACUGUAUAUCAAUGUUCCUCCGUUUGAAGGUGAAUGCACAAAAGAAGCCGUCGCGAACGUCAUUCGGGAGGUCAUCCGAUUCUUAACAAGAAAUGAUUUCUGA